UUCAGGCUCCAGCACCUCCCACCGAGCUGUUCAGUAUGGAAACAAAUAGCCCUUCUUGCAAAUGGUCAUCCGAGCAUCUGUGGCUGGGGCAAAGAGUCACAGGAAAGGCAAGAGCUGCUUCACAGAAUCCUGAUCUAUCAGUGAGGUGGAAAGCCAACCUUGCAGCCCCUCUUCCUUGGAUUCAGCUUCCCUAUGUGCUGCCCCUCAUUAAAGUUCCUGGAGUGAGAAGGCAAUCAUUUUUCUGUUUGACCCUGAACUUCAAGACAUGUCUUACAAGACAUAGCCAUCUCUCCGUGGAGCCAUGGCAAAGAUGCUGCCAGCACAGGAAGCAGCAAAGAUCUAUCAUACCAACUACGUGAGGAAUGCUCGAGCCAUGGGAGUGCUAUGGGCACUGUUCACCCUCUGCUUUGCUGUGAUCAUGGUGGUAACUUUCAUCCAGCCCUAUUGGAUUGGGGACAGCAUUGACACUCCACAAGCUGGUUAUUUUGGCCUCUACUCCUAUUGCAUUGGAAAUGCCCUGACUAGUGAACUCAUCUGCAAGGGCAGCCCACUGGACUUUGGCACCAUCCCCUCAAGUGCUUUCAAAACAGCUAUGUUUUUUGUGGGCAUUUCUACCUUUCUCAUAAUUGGCUGCAUCCUCUGCUUUAGCCUCUUCUUCUUCUGUAAUGCAGCUACUGUCUACAAAGUGUGUGCUUGGAUGCAACUGGCAGCAUGUGCAGGCUUGUCCAUUGGCUGCCUGCUCUACCCUGAUGGCUGGGACUCCCCUGAGGUGAAACGCAUGUGUGGAGAGAAGACUGACAAAUACACCCUGGGAGUCUGCACUGUGCGCUGGGCAUACAUCCUUUGCAUCAUUGGCAUUCUUGAUGCCCUCAUCCUUUCUUUUUUAGCAUUUGUGCUUGGCAACCGCCAAGACAAUCUUCUACCCUCUGAUUUCCAAGUGGAAAACAAAGAGGAAGCAAAUAAAUGAAGAUGAAUACUGAAGGAAUUGCAAGUGUACUUACUUCUGCCCUUGAAUACUGAGUACUCCAACUUGACCUUGGACUCAGAAAAGCUGCUUGAUACACAUGAAUGCUAAUGUGGAUUCUGUCAGUUAUCUAGACACAUCAGUCUGUGUUAUAGAAGAGUGAUUCUGCAAAAAAGAGUGUGCUCUUUUCCAGAAAAGACUAUGAAAAAUAAAUUUUGUUCAGUGUGACAUUAAUUGGUUUUGAUCUCCACAUCCUGUUUGCAAUCAUGUUUUGUAAGAUGUUCUAUAGCUACGGGGCCCAAUAGA